AUGGCAGCUUCUAGGGACGAUGAUGAUCGACGGCUCAAAGGAGGAGGAGAGGUUGUGAGCGCUUUGUCACAACGCAUGAGUCAACGGAUAUGGGAUUGUUUGAGAGAUGACAAUAUUUCAGUGUUCUCAGUUUGGGGAUGGCAGGGUGUGGGGAAGUCACGGAUCGUGAGACAGGUGGUCGCCGCAAUCGAGGAAUCCAGAGAAUCUAGCCAUCUGUUUGAUGUGAUCAUACGGGUAAGAGCGCCAGGGAUCGAGAGUCUUGGAGAGAAGAUGCCGUAUAUAAUCAAAGGGAAAAGGAAGCAUAGGCUUGACUAUUUUGGGUAUUACAUUGCUAGUGUGUUGGAUGCAAAGGGAAGAAGGAAUCGAUUAAUGGAGGUGCAGAUGGAAAUCAAGGAGGCAUUGGAUAUCCCAGAGUCCAUACAAUUCUCUACAGCUGCUAAGCGUAUCAAGGAUAAGUUAAGCGGCCAAAGGUUCCUCCUCAUCUUUGAAGAUGUUUGGGAAAGCUUUGACUUGAAAGAUAUUGGAGUUUCGGUUACCAGCAGCAGCAAAGUCGUCAUCACGACUCGAUCCCAUGAAAACGGAAGCUCCAUCGACCGAGAUUCCUUGAUAGAAGAGUAUUGGAGGUCGGAGGGCUUUUUAGAUGGAUUCUUCAAUGAGGAGGAGAAUAAAGAAGUGGCUUUCAAGAGACAGGGGAAUAUAUUGCUCAAAGAGUUCGCGGAGAGAUGCAUGGUUCUAUUGUCCCUGACGUCAUCAAACCCAAAUUACCUCUCUCUCUUUGUUAAGGAGACUGAAAAUCUAGAUUUAGCUGCGUGGGACAAUCAUCCUAAGGAAGCAGAAUUUAUGAACUGGGUACAAGAGCAAUUUACAAUGGAGGAAUCUUCAGGAGGACAAUAUCAUGUGGAUAUGAAUUCUCAUGUGAGGAAAGUUAUUGGUUCUCGAACGUUCCUAGUGAAAAACAACUUGGAUGCAGAAGAAGCAUGCCAAUGGAUCUCAUUAUCUCACAAUCAGGUACAAACAUUCCAAUUAAGCUCUCCAAACUGCCCUCUUCUCUCGACGUUAUUGCUUAAUGAUAAUGAUCGCUUGCAAGAAAUCCCAGACAGUUUUUUCAAGAACAUGACCAGACUCUGA